AUGUCUGCUCGCAAAGGCCUUCCACCCGAGAUCAUCGAAGCAAUACUCCGCCGCCUGCCGGCAAAAUCUCUUGGCCGCUUCAAGUCGGUGUCAAAGCCAUGGCGCUCGCUAAUUUCCAAUCCCGAAUUCAUCAAAACCCAUCUCGAUCUAAACAACCACCACAAAACUAGUAUAUUGAUUCUCGUUUCCGAGAUGAAAUCUUUCUACUCAGUUAGUAUAAAUGAACUCGUUCCAUAUCUCGACAGUGAUGACUUGUGCGCAACCGGAAAAGAGAUAAGUUUCCGGCCACCUUCGAUCAGGUGGGAAGAGAUCUUGGGUUCCUGCAACGGGCUCGUUUUAGCCAAAGACGAAGAUGACCAGAUCUUCUUGAUGAAUCCAACCACACAGGAGGUCUCGGAACUUCCCAUUUCCCCUUUCGCACUCCCUCUUGGAGAGAGUUUUGUUAUGUAUGGAUUCGGUUACGAUUCAUCAUCGGACGAUUACAAAGUCGUCUCGAUCUCUUUCUGGGAUACCGAUAACGAGCAUAAUCUCGAUUGCACCGACAUGUUGGUAAGCGUCUACAGUUUGAGAAACAAUUCAUGGAGGAAGGUGCAUAACUCUCCUUACGAUCAUGCCGUCGGCCAUCUUCUAAGAGGAGUUCUCAUCAACGAGAGCCUUCACUGGUUAACCCAAAGAAUCCCCGGUUACUCUUCGACAAUUGUUGCGUUUAGUUUAGCCAAUGAGGAGUUCAACGAAAUCGAAUUGCCUGACUCCAUUGAUAACAAGAAAGCUAUGUUCAACGAGCUGGUUGUUCUUGGUGGGAAACUUGCUCUUUUUGCUAAUCAGGUGGGUAAUGAUUUGUGGGUGAUGGAGGAGUACGAUGUUGGCGAGUCUUGGACCAAGGUUUCCAUCCAUGGAGUCGAGAUAGAUCCUGUUAAGCCUGUAUGUUCAGUUGAUGACAACAAUCGUGAUAUAGUAUUGGGGGAUGAGAACAGAGUUCACGUAUACAAUUUGGAUGACAGAAGAUGCAGAAAUGUAAGGAUUUUAGGGGCUCCAACUGCAUUCGCUGUUGGAGGUACGUAUCUCGAAAGCCUUGUAUCACCUAAAUUGAUCAUCACAAGAACACCAUGAAGCUGCAGUUUUUUCAAUAAAUUUUAUGGGUCGUUGUUUGUUUGAUGUUUAGUAAAUAGUAAGCAACUGUAUACUUGU